AUGACCAGUACAACGACUGUUGAAAUCUUCGAUGAUGUCGCCUCCACUGGUCCGUACCCUAUCCAGUCGUGGGAAGACGAAUUACCGGAAUACACGCCAAUGAACUGGUCUAUUUCCGAGGUUAAAGCAGCUAUUCCCGACCGUCUUUUUGUCCGCAAUACUUUGAGAAGUAUGCUAGCCCUCCUCCGCGACGUGGCCAUUGCUAUUUCCGUGUGGCGCUUGGCCAUGUUCAUCGACCCGUUCUUUGAUCUCCUGGCCUUCCGCGGUUUGGCCUCUCCGUUCGAAGUCAAUUUGGCUCGCUGGAUCACCUGGGCCGUGUAUUGGUGGUUCCAGGGCUUGAUCUUCACGGGGUUGUGGGUUAUCGGCCAUGAAUGCGGUCAUAAUGCCUUUUCAGACAGUAAGAUGCUAUGUAACGUCGUAGGCUAUCUGCACACCCUGUUAUUUACGCCUUUUUUCAGCUGGAAGAUUUCGCAUCAUCGACACCAUAUGAACCAUGCCUCUAUGGAAAAAGAUGAAGUCUACGUCCCCAAGACUCGAAGCGAUCUUGGCAUCCCACGCGAAGAUGAUAAGAACCAGACUAUUGAUUACGAGGAAUAUUUUGGCGACACACCGCUCUAUACUCUCUUCAUGCUCGUCCGCCAACAGCUAUUGGCAUUCCCUGCAUAUCUUCUGUUCAACGUUUCUGGGCAAAAGCACUAUCCCGCUGGGACCAACCAUUUCGAUCCCCAAUCUAUCCUCUUCAAAAAGGAACAGCGGCAGGCUGUCAUUCUGUCUAAUGCAGGAAUCGCUAGCAUGAUCUUCCUGAUCUAUUUGGCUUGCGCUAAAUUCAGUGCUGCCCAAGUCAUCAAAUUCUAUGGAAUCCCGUGGCUCUGCGUCACGCAUUGGUUCAUAAUGAUCACGUAUCUACAUCAUACUGCACCAGACCUUCCUCACUACCGCGCCGCUGAGUGGAGUUUCUCGCGCGGCGCGGCAGCUACUGUGGACCGACCUUUCCUUGGCUGGCAGGGCCGAUUCUUCCUUCAUGAUGUUGCUCACUUCCACGUCAUUCAUCAUUUCUUUCCCAAGAUGCCGUGGUACCACGGAGCCGAGGCCACGAAAUACCUCGCCGAGUUCCUCGGCGAGCAUUACGCUACCUGUGAUACGCCCGUGUUCAAGGCACUAUGGGAUAAUUACAAUGCCUGUCAAUUCGUCGAAGACGAAGGCGACAUAUUGUUCUAUCGCAACAAGCAGGGUCGUGCUACUCGACGCCCUGCGAAGAAAGAAACCGGCCGUCGAUUGGGAAGUCGCUAA